GAGAGAGAGAGAGAGAGAGUUAUAGAGAAUGAGUGGGAGAGGACAUUAGACAGAAGGAGCCGGUGAGAUGGUAGUUCUCGCUCUUCCUCGCGCCUGGCUGCCCUCUUAUUUCUCCUGUAGUCAGUUCUAACAGGACUUUAUUAUCACCGUUAUUAACUUAUCAGCAGUGUUAUCGGGCCCGUCACUCGGUGGACUUGCUCUCCUCACUCCGUAGCGAUGCUGUGGAGAGCGGCGCUCGCGCUUGCGCUGAUGCUGCUGCCGCACACGGAGCCCCGCGCGCCGCUAGACUUCGGUCUGGUCCCCGGAGGAGUGUAUGAGACGGUGGCCCACUACGAGCCGGGGCCCAUCGGGCUCCUCUUCAACAUGGUGCACGCCUUCCUGCACGUGGUCCAGCCCAACCCGUUCCCUGAAGAUCUCGUCAUCCGGGUGGCGAAAGAUAAAUUCGGAGCCAUCAAGUCAGAGUACCAGAAGCCAGAGAACAUUGUUCUGACACUGCAGGUGAUUUACUAUGAGAUCGGUUUUGUGGUGUGUGCGGCGCUGGGACUGCUGUUCGUCGUGCUGCUGCCACUGGUGGGCCUGCUAUUCUGCAUGUGCCGCUGCUGCGAUAACUGUGGAGGGGAGAUGCACCAGAGACAGAGGAAGAACGCCGACUGCCAGAGAGGACUGCUCACCACACUCCUCCUCACCACCACCUUCGUCAUCACAGCUGGAGUCCUGUGCGCAUACGCAGCCAAUCAGCACCUGAGUUCUCAGCUAAAGACUAUGAGGAGGCUGGUAAACAAUAACCUGAGGGAUUUACAUACCUUCGCCAAUGACACGCCAACGCAAAUUGACUAUCUAAUAAGUCAGUAUGGCACUGCAAAGGACCAAGUGCUCUGUGACCUAGACAAUGUAGGUGUGUUGUUGGGCGGAAGGAUACAUGAGGAGCUGGGGAAAGAGGUGCGACCUGCUCUGGACGGAGUGCUGAACAUGGCUGGAGUGAUGCGGGACACCAAGGAAGCUCUGGAGAACGUGAGUGUGACGUUGGAGACUCUACAGGAGGGCACGGGGAAGCUGCAGUUUAACCUGAGCGUGGUGCGAGCAGGCCUCAGCAAUGCUCUCAGCGACCCGGCCUGUGCAGAUACCCUCUCGCCCACAGCGCAAAUCUGCCGCAGUAUUCGGAGCUCACUCGCCCAGCUCGAGAUCAGCGCCAACUACUCUGGGCUGCCUGAUGUGACUGACCAGUUGACCAAAGUGAAUGAAGUUUUGAAGACUGAUCUCAGCUUCAGUGUUCAGAGGGGGCUCUUGGCCUUUAAUGAUACCCCAACCAUGGUUACAGACCAGACCAGAAAUGUUGCAGAAGGAGUCAGAGGCUUGUUGGAUGGCAUUGGCAGCAACAUCACCAGUUUCUCCAGGCUGUUCCCAAUCCAGAGCUCCCUGAACAACUUUACUGUUUUUAUCAGUCACACACACUCACGCAUUGAAGAUAUCUACCCAGAGAUCGACCAAAUAGACUUCUACAGAUGGAUCUGUUGCAUCACCCUCUGCUGCAUGGUGGUGCUCAUCUUAUCCUUCAAUUUUCUUGGUCUGCUGUGUGGAAUUCUGGGAUUUGACCGACAUGCCUCUCCUACGACCCGCGGCUGCGUGUCGAACACCGGAGGGAACCUGCUCAUGGCUGGGGUGGGCUUCAGCUUCCUGUUCUCCUGGGUGCUCAUGGGAGUGGUGACAGCCACGUUCGUGGUGGGGGGCAAUCUGGAGAAGCUGGUGUGCGAGCCUUUCAACUCUAGGCAGCUUUUCAAGGUGCUGGACACCCCACACCUGGUGAACCCUACAUGGAAGAACUUCAUCCCUGGCUACCUGUAUAAUGAUCCUGAUAUGGACCUCACAGUGGAAAACCUGUACAGUAACUGUAAGGAGAACAGGGGGAUUUAUUCUGCCCUUCACCUGGAUAAAGUGUUCAACGUCUCAGCCUUGCUCAACACCAGUGUGUACACUAAGGACAUGGCCCAAAAGUUUGAAGGUGUGAAGGUGGAUCUGAGGUCAAUCAUCCUGUUGGACUCGGAGGGCAAAGAGAACCUCAUCAGCUUCACAGAAACUGGGAUUGGAGAGAUCAACUUUGCUGCAUAUCUGGAGGAGCUAAAUAAAGGAGUGACCCGUGUUGAUUUGCUGUCAUUUGCCAGCAACCUGGACGCUCAAGCUGACCAACUGUCUAAAGGAUCAUUACAGACUUCAAUAAAAGGCCAUGCCAACACACUCCGACAGAUCUACUCCCAUCAAGUCGUCUCCAUCCAGCAGUCCAUGAAAUAUGUUAGAGCAAGGAACACUCUGAACCAGAGCAUCAGGUUUCUGGAGAGGACGUCAUCAGAUCUUUCAAACAAAGUUUCAGAAGUGCUCACAGCCGUUGAUGCUGCACAGUACCUCAUCUCCCAGAAUGCAACAUUUAUUGUCAAUCAGGAAACUGAGAAAUACAAGCAGACCAUCAUUGGAUACUUCAAACAGUACAUAGACUGGGUCAAGACCUCUCUGGAAAUGGAGGUGGCCACCUGCAAGCCCCUCAGUAACAUCAUGGACACUGCGGAGAUUCUGGCCUGCAGCUUCCUCCUGGACUCGAUGAACACCUUUUGGUUCGGGCUGGGAUGCUCCACUCUGUUUCUGCUCCCCAGCAUCAUCCUGUCUGUGAGACUGGCCAAGUUCUACCGCAGAAUGGACACAGAGGACGUCUAUGACGACAUUGAGACAAUUCCCAUGAAAACCAUCCCUGCCUAUGACACUAUGACUCGAUUCCCACGGGCCUCUGCGCCCCCUCGCCAUGCCGACUGGUGACAUGAAGGAGGAGCUUUUGUUUUUUUCCCAAAACUCCAGAAAGCUCUAUUGGGACAUGGAACUGAAACUAACUGGACUACUAUUGCCCACCUGAUGAACAGCUGGCCCAGUUUAAAGGGGGGUGCCAUCAGAAGAGGACACUUAGCUACAGGGCCAAGAAAUGGAGUCCAUCUUCAUGUUAUACUAUAUAUUCUCCUAUGAUGAAACUAUGACACUUUUUCAGCUCCUUGUCUACGAUGACCCUGCCUCAUGGACGUUUUCCUUUGACGCCUUUUCACUUUUUCACAUCAUGUGAAGAGAUUGCUGCAUUGUUACAGCACUGUUAUAUCAGUCAUGGAGUCAGGGAGGCCUCAACGUUUAGCUACUGUAUGUAUGUGUCUUUGUUUACAGUCACUGAAAGGUCACUUUUGGCAGACAUAACAAUGUUUCAACUGCUGCAUUACUCUAAAAACAGUUUCUUUUUUCUCCUCACUAUUGUUUUUUAUUUAGUCUGCUUUUUUAUGUUUGUGGAGAAUACACUGUCUGGAGUUCAAAUCUGUCAGUAUACGAACCUCUUGAACUUCGUUUGGGGCCUGUCUGAGAGACUGGAGGAUUUUUAUCCAUGUGUAAGGCGAAGUAAACCUAUCUGACGACCACACUCUUGAAUAGAGUGACAAUGCCAUCUAAGGCCAAUGGCCUAUGAGCCACCAACAUUAUAUGCAACAUAUGUAUGAAUAUACGCUCCAAGUGCUUGCAAAUGCGCUAGUACUACAAUAAUGCAAUGUGGGAUUGUUGUCAAGCCAUUCUGAGGCUGAAUGAAUUGUUGCCUUUUCAUUUUUUUCUUUAGUCCAUGGUACCUGUGCACAGUGAAAGAGGGCAACUGUAAAUGCAAGCCUGUGUUCAUCCUACAUAAAAAUUUCGCAAAGACCUGGAUAACAAUGGGAGAAAAUUUGGUAGCACUUUACACAGGGGGAAUAAGUCGGUAAUACUAUGGUAACAAGUUGUACUAACCUAUAAAUUAUAUGCUAAUUUUCAGGGUGUUAUUAAAGAAAAAGUUAGCAAAUGUAACACUAACAGGUUGGUAAUAAAAUGGAAAAAUAAUGGUAACAAGUUAUACUAACCUAAAAAUUGCAUCAUUUUGUAGUUGUUAAUAAAUAAUUAGUAAUUGUCAUGGUUACUAGUUGGUAAUGAAAUGGAAAAUAAUGGUAACUGAACUUUAUUUUUUUUACUUUUUUAUAUUUUACAUUAUUACCCAUUUAUUACCGAUCUGUAAAGUCAAGUGCUACCAGAAAAUUCUUCAGUGGGUGUCAGAUCAUUGUUGUGUGUCUUGAAAUGUUCAAGAUAUGAUUUUAACUUGUAGCAGUAACAUCUCUAACUGUUUGGGCAAAUAAGAAUGUGGCAGUUGUGAUGUAAUUUAGUUUACAUUAAUUAAUAGCCAGGGUUUUUUUACACUGCCCUUCUUAUGAUACUAACCAGGAGAGCUCAUCACAGUAGGCAUAGUCUUACAACGCUCCAAGAAAAAUUGCUUUUGACACCAAAAUCUAUUUUUAAUGUAGAUCUCAGGUCUUAGUGGGUUUUUUUGGGGUUGUUUUUUGUUUUUUGCUGAUUACAAAUAUUGGUAGACAGUUUUGGGGUAUUUACAAUUACUUUCACUGACAAGCUAUCAAAAGGGUGAAUGUAAUAUAUCUCAAAAAAGUUUGUAUGUUUUUGGAUAAGUGAGAACCCAGGAGCAAAUUUACAAAAUGCAUUUUGUCUUGACACUUUACUUGAAGAUUAUAACAAUGCCUACUUAAUACUGUCAUAGUCUAUCAUCACCAGUUACAUCACCAAAUAUCUCUAGUUCAUCACUAGGACUUUGAUAAUAUUUCUGUCUGUUGUUAAUAAUCAUGUCAGGUGCUAGAUGUUUUUUAUCAUAACGGUUAAAUCACUUGACGAGUAUAUGGCAGUGUUACGCAGGCCUCAGAUAAAGUGUUCUACCUGAUUUUUACUCAUCUUCAUUUCAGUUCCCCAAGGCACCUUAGUUCCAUUCUGCUGUUGGCUGUGGUCUUGAUUUAUCAUGCACUGUUCUUCCCCACCAGCUUAAGUGAUAGUAUGCCUGGUGGUGUGUUAUGCUUGCUCAAAGACGUUCCGCUGAUGUUUCGUGGCAUUUAGCAGUCGUGGGGGCUGGUUGUCAGCGCGGCUGGUUUUCAAGUCCAAGUGGUUAGGCUGGCUAUACUGUAAAAUAUUGUGAAUAAAAUUUCAAACUGAAUUAACAUC